CUCCCGGAAGGCUGUAGGAACGUUUACUGAGCGCUUCUUUCGCCGUCCAGCGGUGACAGACCGGCGCAGCCUGGCCGCGACAUUAUUUUGUCGCACUUGAGCUCUGUUGGCUAUUAAAGAGUUGAAAGAAUUCCGUCCGGAGGGAUAAAGGAGGCGGCGCGGGCUGAAAUAUGUUGGCUUCUUGUUACUUGUGCUUUUUGAGGAGGGAGUCCGACACACAGCUGUAGUUUCUCUUCCAAAGGCGAGGAAUGCUAUCUGAGCAUCAAUGUUUCACUGGGGCAAGUGGAAGAAGAGGAUGGGAGCCAAUAGUUCUUCAAAAAGACCAGUUUUCGAUGAAAAGGAAGAUGUGAACUUUGACCACUUCCAGAUAUUGCGUGCCAUUGGGAAGGGGAGCUUUGGAAAGGUAUGCAUUGUGCAAAAGAGGGACACCGAGAAGAUGUAUGCCAUGAAGUACAUGAACAAACAGCAGUGUAUAGAGCGAGAUGAGGUCCGAAAUGUCUUUAGAGAGCUUGAGAUCCUUCAAGAAAUUGAACAUGUUUUUUUAGUAAACCUCUGGUGACU